CUCUUCUUUUGGAGUCCGAAAACCCUAACCCCUCUCUGAAUCAACAAUGCCGCCCAAGUUCGACCCAACCCAAGUAGUGGACGUAUAUGUCCGUGUGACUGGAGGCGAAGUCGGUGCGGCUAGUUCGCUCGCCCCGAAGAUCGGACCUCUCGGUCUCUCCCCGAAGAAGAUUGGUGAAGACAUCGCCAAGGAGACCGCCAAGGACUGGAAGGGGCUCCGUGUGACGGUCAAGCUCACCGUCCAGAACCGUCAAGCCAAGGUCACGGUCGUCCCCUCGGCCGCGGCGCUGGUCAUCAAGGCGCUCAAGGAGCCGGAGAGGGACCGGAAGAAGACCAAAAACAUCAAGCAUAAUGGCAACAUCAGCCUCGAUGAUGUGAUCGAGAUUGCCAAGGUUAUGAGGGGUAGGUCAAUGGCUAAGGAUUUGCAAGGGACCGUGAAGGAGAUUUUGGGCACAUGCGUUUCAGUUGGAUGUACGGUUGACGGGAAGAAUCCCAAAGACUUGCAACAGGAGAUUGCUGAGGGCGAGGUUGAGGUGCCGCUUGAGUGAGAACCAACUUCUUAGAUUACUCAGUUGAUUUCAGUUGGUUUGUAUUUUUUUUUUUUUUAUAAAAAACAUGAAACAGCUGUGGAUUUUUUCAAGAGUUUUAUUAGAUAUUUGAUAGUCAUGAAUCAAUGAACGCUUUAAUUUAUA